AUGUGGUGGGUGCUGCUGCCACCGCCUGGUGCAGGCGUCAGAGGUGCAAAUCUCCCCACGGCAGCGUCGGGGAGCGAAGCCGUGGCCGUCUCGUGCAGCUCCUCCAGCCGCCUCCGAACGGACGGGGAGACGUGCGCUGCUCUGCACGGUGCCAACUUCAUCCUCCUUGCUCCAUUUUGGGCCACCCUAUUAGUUGUCAUUCCCAGCCCUGCACAGCUGCUGGCUGAGUCCCUGAACAACCCACACAAGGAAGAUUAUCAUGAGCGUUGUGUACAGUGCUCAGAAGUAAACUGGGGUCUUACUGAUGGAGGCAGAUUUUAUUGCAGAACUUGCCACAAUGUUACAGAGAGAACUAGAGAAGUUGUAAAUAGUGCCCUUACUUUGAACACAAGAAUCCAGACGAUCUCCAAAGGCUUAAGAAAGCAGGAAAAAAAUGAUGAAGGUUUGGAAUGGUAUGUUUGUGAAGGCUUUCAGUUUGUACUCAGGAAACAAGCAGAAGCUUUGGAAGCAUUAGGAGUAUGUCCACAAAUGAAGGAUGAAAUUCUGUGCAAUUUUUGGAGGCGUUACCUUCAGAAGAGCCAACAAGCAUAUUGUAACAGACCAGCUGGGGAAUCUAUCAAAGUACUAUCAGGAUGCGAGAGCAGUACAGAUAUGGACAGUGAACCAGAGAGGCCUAGUCUUCUUCACUUGUUAUCUCUCUCUGAAAGUGAUGGGGAUCCACUCACUGACUGCAGCUUGGGCUCAUCAACUGGCAAAGUUUCAGAAAGCACCUCUGUCUGCUCGGGAUCGGUGGACGGUAGCUUGCACUUCAUGAAGAACCAGAAGGACAAACUGAGGAUGUCGAUGCCAAUGACCCUUUCAUUUUGUUACAUGGCAUUACUCUGGCUGAGAGAAUCAAUGACGUUAUCUGAUCUCUUAAGGUUUGUUGUUGAAGGCCAUAUUCCAUAUUUGAAUGUUUUUCAAUGUUUUCCAGAGAAGAUGAAACUAUAUGGACUUGAUCUGAAGAUCUUUUGUGUAGAGUCAUGGCCUGUAUAUGAAGAAGUAUAUAACAAAAUGCUUCACCUUGCUGCAUUCCUAGAGCUGCCUCGUUUUCCAGAUAUAACAGACAGCUGCUUUCUUCAUCCAGACAUGUUGUGCAUGAAGUACUUGAUGGAAGCUAACUUACCUGAUGAAUUGCAUAAUUGGACUUGUCGAGUGGUGAAAAAGAUCCAUAUAGGAGAAGUGGAUUUCCUGACUUUUGUGCCUGGAAAUAAGUCUACAAGGAAAGUGAAAUAUGAUGUUCUUGCUGCAGCAGUUAUUGUAGUGGUGCUCAAAUUACUGUUUUUACUAGAUGAUAACUAUGAAUGGCUACUGUCAGACUUUGCUGAAGAAAGAAAUAAAAACAACAAAGAAGAUGGUCCGUAUUUCGAGUUCAAAAAGUGGUACAAGGUUCUAAAAAAAUCUUUGGAUGUGGAACAAAAGAAAAUGGAUGAAGAAAAAGCCAAGUGUCUGUGGAGGUGUGAAAAGCCACUGUUUUAUUCAGCCAAGAAAAAAUCUAAAGUUCUUAAGAGAAGGCAAAUCGUUGUGAACUUACAACAUCAGUUUGGCAAGCUGUCUGGUUCAUGGCAACCUGCUGAAAAGCCAAAUCCUUCAAGUUUUCAGUUAAACUGGUCUGAAGACAACACAGAUGGGAGUUGUUUUCAUGGGCAUAGCCUGAAAGGAAUUUUGCAAGAAAAAUGUGGCUUGCUUACAGUCAUGAACCCUGACUAUUGGCUCUGUACAGUUAAACUGUGUGCUGAGAAGUUCUGUGGUCAUCUGGCUCAUUACAGAGAUUUGGACUUUCCCGCGAGUUAUCAUUUUGUACUAAGGUUAUUCUCCUUUCUUCUGAGGAUACAGCCCUCUUACAUCCAUGAAGAAGUGUGUGCGAUAGAACACAAGCUUUUUAAUAAAAAGCUCUAUAAAAAGCCAAAAUACAAACCAGGCCAAAGAAAAUAG